AUGGCGAGGUGUCUGGCAAUAGUCAGCGCCCUGCUGAUGGUCACUCAGGCACAGCAGUUUGAUGGCUACUUCUUUCCUUACGACGAAUUGGGACUGAGUGAUUCCUGCUUUGCUGCUGUCAACCUCUCCAUCCCAUGUCCUGCCUGGGUUGCCCGUUAUACAGGAUUAGAGGCCUCGAGCUUUGAGGUUCUUCCCGCGGAGCAACUUACACAAUUAUGCGAAAGCAACUGCCUACUCAAUAUGCAACGGCUUCGACAAAUCAUUUUGACUGAUUGCACUGCGGAUGACGUUGUUAUGCCUUUUGGAUCAAUUGCUUAUCCCCCAACAUUCAUGAUCGACCGUUAUAUCUACGCGGCUGGUAUCUCUUGCCAAACUGACCCGUCUACUCAUGAAUAUUGCGAUACAAUUGUCAGUUCAUGGAUGGCCAAUGGAUCCACGUACUCCUCGGCUCAGAAUUGCUCUGCCUGCGAAUUAAGCGUUUUGAAGCGUCAGCUCGAGUCGCCUUUCGGAUACAGUGACGAGGCUGCUGAGGACUUUGUUUCACUCACGUCCAGCUGCGGUGCUACUGGUUAUGAUUUUGCAACUCCAACAGCGUAUGCACUGAACGCGACUUCAACUGGAGCCGGAUCUUCUGCGAGUGCUACUGCCUCCUCUUCCUGCUCGGGAUUCCAUACAGUGGAGAAAGAAGAGAGCUGUGUGACAGUCUCAGAGGCGAAUAACGUGUCAACAUAUGGUCUCAUUGCAUCUAAUGCUCUCGAUGCGGCUUGCAAUUCAAUUUCAGAGGGCAGAAAUCUUUGUCUCCCCAGCACUUGCAAAACUUAUCAGCUCGGGUUAUCUGACACCUGUGAGUCGCUCAUCAGCAGUCUAGAUAUCACAAUGGCCCAGCUACUCGCUUGGAAUCCGAUGAUCAACACCGGCUGCUCAAACCUCGCCUCUUGGAUAGGGUGGUAUCUUUGUGCCAGCUCUCCGUCUGGUACGAUAACUGUUAACGCAGGGACAGCUGUCACAACAGCUGCACCAGUACCAACCGAUGCCCAGCCGCAAACAAAUACCGACUGUGGGACCUGGCAUGAAGUUGUGACAGAUGAGGACUGCUCUACUAUCUCGCUGAAAUAUGCGAUAUCCUUGAGCGACUUCUACUUCCUUAAUCCUCAAGUAGACUCGACUUGUUCCAACCUUUGGGCCAAUACUUCAUACUGCGUGCAGGCUGUCGGAAAUAUCGCCACCUACUCAGGCUAUCCAGUGACAACAGUAAGCUACACGUUCACUAAGCCAGCUUCAACCACAUAUACGCCGACUCCUAUUGCCACUGCCACCUUGCAGCCGACUGCUUCCGGUACUAUUGGGGGUUGCUCGGCAUAUCAAAAUGCAUUUGGCAGCAAUGUCGCUAAUGUGACUUAUUUGAAUGCAUGUGAUGGCUGGGCUGUUGUCAAUGAUGUUACUGUUGAUGAGUUGUUGCGCUGGAACCCCAGUCUCUCAUCUGAAAAUUGUGUAUUCGAAGCCGGAUACAGCUAUUGCGUUGAUGCUGGAGAGACGACAACUUCUGAACUCCCCUAUCACUAUUGUUUCGCCCCAAACACCAGCCUCAUUGCCUCGACUUCAGCCCAGCCUGCGGACUACAUCUUCAACUGUACAAUGUUCAAAUCGCUUUUCGACGUGGACAUAACAGAUGUGGUUGCUCUAAAUCCCUGGAUCAGCUCCGACUGCGAUGGAGUAUGGGACGCUCUAUCAAGUGAUGGAUAUGAACAGAUAUGUGUGAUGGGCAGCUCAACUCCAUCUCACCCAUCUAGCUCCUCUGCCUCUGGCUCAACUGCUACGGCUACAACCACCGGCCAUACCGUCACCUCGACAACUGCAGCCCCAAGCCUCCCAGCUAUUUCCCAGCUCCCUCAAUGCGGUCAAACUUGCUUUGAUAACAUGCUGUCCAAAUACUCCGAUCUUGGGUGCAGUACCUUGGACCCGUCUUGUCUGUGCAGAAACAUGGAUUUCUACUAUGGUAUUCGAGACUGCUCCAACGGUGCCUGUGGCACUAAAGUUGCCAGCACCGUCCUCAGCUUUGAAACCGAGUACUGCAGCUCCGCUAUUGCGGCGCAUACCACAUAUCCGACUACAUUCCCGGCCGAGGCAACAAGCACAACCACCACAUCCGCCCCAGCUGCCAUUACUACCGGGCCAACCGCUAUCACAGACUUGCCUACUUGCGGUCAAACUUGUUUCAACAACAUGCUGGGCAAGUAUGCCUCCCUUGGAUGUACUGGUCCAGAUCCAUCCUGCGUGUGCCAGAACAUGGACUUCUAUUACGGCAUUCGUGACUGCGCCAAUGCUGCCUGUGGAAGUGGCGAUGCUAGCACUGUGAUGGCGUUUGAGAGCUCUUAUUGUGCCUCUGCUACAGCAAGCAAUUAG